CUUGUUUGAGCGGACGGCGUUGUUCCGUGUGUAUGGCGCAUGUCCAUGUUUGUGACGUCGUCUGUGUAUUGUUCCCCGGUCCCCGUAUCGCCCGAGCGUUUUUCUCGUCUACCGCCGACUACACGUAAAGUAGCUGAUUUUGUUGUUUGUGAGUUAUUUUUUAUCAAGAUCCGUUUACAUUGUGCAAGUUUGGACGCCACAUCGUUUCCUUGACGAAAUCGUCUGUUGCAUACAUUGGCCGCGCAUUAGUUGUAUCCGCCAGCAAAAGCGUGCGACGGUUGUUCGCAAAAACUCGAGGCUUGGACGCUGUGCGAUUGCUUCAGUCGGUACCUGGUUACCGUACUGUCUCCCGUUUACCGUGUAUAUCCAUUUGUACGACAGAUUAUUAGAAGUCUUGAAUAUUUGACAUAAUGGGGAAAACAAAAUUAUCAAAAGUGAAGAGUAUCACAAAAAGCAAGAACAAAUCUCAUAAGCAGAAAGUAAAAUCUCACAAGAAAAACAAAAGUAUUUCUAAAAAUAAACAUCGAACUAAACUGCGUUCAGAGAGUCAAGACAAAUUACAAAAACCUGAAGCUCCUCUCACAAACUAUUUGGCUUACAAGUCAAACUAUAUCGCUGUUCGGUAUAUAUUUGAGUGUGGUAUAAAACUUGGUCUAAAACAUAUUACUAUAUGCUCAGCAGCAGUUUACUUCCAUAAGUUUUAUGAAAAUAUUGAUGAAAAUCCAUAUGACAAUUAUUCUAUAGCUAGUGCAACAUUAUACUUGGCUAGUAAAGUACAUGAUGAGACUGUCAAACUUCGAGAUUUGAUAAAUGUGACAUAUCACACAUUACACAGAGAUGCGGCUCCAAUACGAUUAGCUGAAGAUUAUUGGAACUUCCGCGAUUCUAUUGUGCAUGCUGAAAUGUUAACAAUGAGAUUAUUACAGUUUGAUACUACAUUUGAUCAUCCGCACAAUUAUUUUCUACACUACGUUCAGACUGUUCGACCAGUGUUCUAUUCAAAACAUGGCAAGGACAUCAUUGUAUUUAAAAAAGCAUAUGACUUUUUACAUGAUUUUUAUCAUAGCAGUGAUAUACUCAAAUAUAAACCUCAGCAUAUUGCUAUUGCUUGUAUGGAAUUAGCAAUCAAAGUGUACGGCAUUCCAUCGCAGAUAAUUGAUUAUGAAGUACAGCCUUGGUAUCAGCAAUUUUUUGCACAAAAUCGUUCUAUUAUAUUGUCUGCAAAAUAUCUACAAUAUGUGAUCAAAAAUUAAAAGUGUGAAAGAUCAUUGGAAUUUGUGAACAAUUAGUUGAUGUAUAUUUUAGCUGAUUUUUAAAAGGAUACCAAUCAUUUGAAGUGAUAUACCUCUUUCUACAUAUCAGGACUGUUGAUGUUUAGUCAUAUUAUGAUUAUAAAAUAUAUUAUUGGCAUAACACACAGGGUCGUUUAAUAAGGUCACUUUAUUUAAAAAAAAAAAAUAAGCAAGUGAAAAUGUACUGUUAAGACAUCUUGGAAAAUGUUUUAUUUUCUUUGGAUGUUUGUUCCUGAAAUUAAAUGUUUCUUAUGUUUUAAAAGUAGUGAGAAAGUAUUCAGAAUAUUAACUGAAAGAUUCACAUAUUUUCAUUUUAAUUAAGCCAAGUGGAUAUUUAUUUCAAUAAUUUAUCUCAUUUUCAUGUUAUGUUAAUUGACUUGGAUCUUUUAAAAAAAUAUACUGUGCAAUUUUAAUUUUCA